CUCAGCUUCCUCCCCCCCCCCCCCCUCACUUCUCAUUUUCUCGCAACUGGAAGAACUUGCUGCAACAGUCAGAACAUUAAUGGCGACGAUGAUGGACCCACUCACUGAAGAAUUCGCAAUAGGGUGCGUCCUCUCAAUCAAGACUACAUUGGGCGACGAAUUCGAAGCUCAAGUCAUCACUUUUGACCGACCUUCCAACAUCAUCGUCCUUCAAGAGGGUUCGAAAUCAGGACCUCGACGAAAUUUAAGGCUGUUGAAGGCAGAUUUUAUCAAAGAGUUUACCUUUUUAAGACAAGAUGAAGACCCUCUUGAUAUUAAGAACUGUUAUCUUGAUCUUGGUUCUUUACAAGCUAGAGAAGAAUCUGCUAUUAGGCAAGCUGAGAUUGAAGCAGAGAGGAUUGGAGUGGGAGUGACUGCUGAAGCUCAGAGCAUUUUUGAUGCUUUGUCGAAAACGCUUCCUGUGCGUUGGGACAAGACUAAUAUAGUCGUGAUGGAUCAAGUAAGAGUUUGUACUCCAUAUCUUCCGGAAUCUGUUUCUGGAGGUACCCCGGCAGCUAAUGAGCGUGUCAGAAAAGUGCUUGAAUUUGAAAGGAAGAGGUUAUACGUCCGUGGGGCUGCUUCAUAAUCGUCUCCCCUUUCUGAUAUAGUAAUGGUCAUUGGAAGAGCAUUUAGGGACCCAUUAGGAGGUCUUCAUGACUCUGCCAGAAUCUCUCUAGAAAUAUAUUGCAUUGAUUCAGACACUUCUGAAGCUUAAAUGAAUGAAAAUGCUGAUUUUCAUGCCUUGUUUAUUGCUGAUGUCGAGUGGGCUGGAUCGAUUGAAGAUCUUGUAUCCCCUUACAGCUAGUCUUUGAAAUGGAAUGGAGAUAUUGCUUAGUUUUUGGUUUUCCCUUUGUGUUAUGCGCACAUUACAGGACUGAAAUCAGAUACAAUAUUGUUAGAAACCAGUAUGUAUGUUUUCAUGAGCACAGCUUUUUCAAACAGAAAGCUGAGAUGAAGGAAGCAAAUCUAGCUCGUAGAAUGGAGAUGCUUUUAAAAGUGUACUAUAAAUUAUGUACCAUCAUUUUACUUGCUACUGGAAACAUUGUUCCCCAUUGUACGUCCAUGAAAGGGCUCAAAAAAGUUCUGCCUUGUUGUGCUUGUGCCAAAAUUCUAAAUGAGGUUGAAAAUUUUACCUUUUUGAGGUUGAAAA